CGAGUUUGUCGUGAGUUUAGCAUUUGCCAAUUGCACCAUCUCAUUUGGUUUCUGUACAUCUUCCAUUUCGUCACUCCUUUGUAGAGGCUCGAAUUGUACCAAACAUGCCUCCGUUACACCUCUCCAGCACCUCCCGCGCUCUCUACCGCGUCUUCGUAGCUCCCAACCUUCCCACGGCAAGGGCAACCCCGUUAAGAACCCGCAAUGUUUCUCUCCUCCCACAGACCACCGUCCGCUCCUUAGUCUACAAGAAGAAAAACGUCCAGCGUCAAGCCCUCAGGGACUACUACAUCUUCGACGCUGCCAUCGAAGCCACGCACAUCAACCUCGUCGACCAAGACGGUCGCUUCCACUCUAGCGUACCCAUCAAUGAGGCCCUCCGCUCCUACAACCGCGUAACACACCACCUCCUCCAAAUGUCCCCCGGCCGCGUUGACGACUUCGGCGUUCCCGAUCCCGAGCACCUACCCACGUGCAAAAUCAUAUCGAAAAUGGAUCUACGCGCCCAGUUCAACAAGAAGCUAGAUAUCGAGCGCCGGAAAAAAAAAGGGCAGGGUGCGGGGCCCGCGCCGAAAAAUCUAGAGCUGAAUUGGGCGAUUGCGGGGGGCGACUUGAAGCAUAGGCUGGAGAAGUUGAAGGGGUUCUUGAGGGAG